AUGAGAGGUUUCCGAGGGAUUAGGAAUUCACGAAAUUAUAUUCAAUUGAAUGAGGAUGGCGGGUACACUGAUGCACAAUUUAGAAGACCCGUACAACCAAUUCCAUGGAAUUCUAUAAUUCUAGCUUCAGUAUUAUUUGUUUUGGGUUCAUUGGGCAUUAUUUUGGGAUCACUUAUUGAGACAGGAAUUAUUUCUAAUCAAGAUUGGCUUGAUAGAGGAAAUCCAUUGCUUUUUCUAGGAUGUUUAUUAUUUAUACCUGGAUUUUAUCACGUAAGACUUGCAUAUUAUGCAUAUAAAGGUUAUGAUGGAUAUGACUUUGAUCAAAUUCCUGAGUGGUGA